AUGCGCCUCGCCCUCAUCUCCCUGUUGCUCAUCCCCGGCGUGUUCUCAAAGCUCGGCUGGGACGGAAUUCAGGCAGUCACCGUAUCCGGCUUCGAGUGUCUGAAGAAAAACGGAUACGAGUUUUUGAUUGCCCGCGUUGGCCGUUCGAACCAACUUAUUGACGAGGUCGGCAUUCAGAAUAUCAUUAAUGCGCGGAAAGCCGGCUGGACUGACGUCGACGGCUACAUCUACCCGUGCACGUCAUCGAGCUGUUCAAGCGGCGCCGUCCAAGUCGAGAAGGUCAUCAACGAGCUGAAGGCGAAGGGCGCCAAGGUCGGUCGUCUCUGGAUGGACAUCGAGGGGACAUGGCCGAAGGACACGAAGCACAACCAGGAAUUUAUCGAGGGAAUGUUGACACAGGCUACGAAAAUGGGCGUAGAAGUGGGAAUGUAUGCCGCGCACUACGACUAUCCGGAAAUCACCGGAAACUGGGCCGGCGCCGCGAAAUACCCCCUCUGGUGGGCCAACUACAACGGGCAGGCCAACCUGGACCACUUUGUGGCCUUUGGCGGCUGGUCGAAGCCGACGAUCCACCAGUACAAGGGCACCACGGCGGGCCCGUGCGGCGUCAGCAUGGACCUGAAUUACAAGGCU